UGCCAACACACCGUGUGCCUUAUAUGCGUAGCACACAGUAAACCGUACAGCACUCUUGCGGACAAUGAUAUUGCAUAAAUGUAUAUUGGCUUUUAUUACGGGAUGCGACAGUCAGUUGAUCCAGUUUUAUUGGGCAAACAGAAUUAACCGAACAGCAUCAAUGUGGGCAUCAUCCCGUUAUAGAGGAGAUCCAUUCGCCGGCACUACUGUACUAUUUGUACAAAGGUCAUGGAGCUCCCAGUGGAGAACAACAGCUGACGGUUGUAAUGUAGCCAAUCGGUGAUGGGCUCACUGGCACUUGUGUGUGUAUAAAGAGGCGCAUAUCUAUGUAGCCAAAGUGAUGCUGCACGUAAUCGAUUUAUUCUCUUUUUUACUGGCCAAUGUGUGUAAAAGAUGAAGGACCAAACAGAUCUAAGUAAAUAUGCAUCCCGGCGAAAAAGAGAGAGUAACAGACUUUAAGCAUCUUCAUUUUUAGCGGCUUUAUUCGCCCCAGUCAAGUAAGGCCAUUUUAUCGUGGCUAUUGUAGUGGUUUUUGAGUGUGCAAACAGGCAAGGUUUUUUUCCGGGGAAAAAAGCCGUAUUAUAAUUCACCGCUUGUCACUUUCCACUUCCCGGGAGAAACUAUAAGCUGGCAACCGUGUUGUAUCAUAAUAUAAUCUACUGGAGAUUUAUUUGACAAAGAGUGGUCGGGCGUUGAUUGUUGAUAGCCGGUUGAAAGUUUACACACGAAUAAUACAGCAUAUAUCGAGCGGUGAUAUACGCAACUCUUUCGGAAUUCAAUUGUCUGCUUACGCAUUGGCAUUUACUUUGCCCAACACAAUCCAAGUGCCCUUUAAAUCAACACCCCGUCCAAUUCGGCAUCAAAUUGACUUAAUGCGACAAGCUGCAGCCAUAAUUGUAUGUACGCAACACCGAAUACCGUGCACUAUAUUGUUUUUGCUCUAAUAAUUAUAUCCCAAAGAAUUGAUUGCUGUUGUUAAGUGAGGCUGAAAAUUGAUGAGCGUACCGUGUGGUUAAAAAACGUCACGCGCACUGGCUGCAUCCCGUGUGUAUCCCACCCUUCAUGCUGCUCAGUUUGAUCUGUUGGAAGCUGGAGCCGGUAAAAUAGUGGCGCGCAUGCACCGUCUACAGCUGAAGAGAUAUAUAUACGGAAAGGAUGAUGCAAUUAUUCACGCCAGUGGAAUUAAUAAGGAUGUCGACGGUUCGCACUGGGAUUUGUAGAUUUAAUUUACUGAUUGACCUGCACAAGCGGGUCUUUAUCCCGGCUAACUCAUGCUGACAUUGAUUGCUGUUGGGGAAAAUUCGGGACAAAAAUUCUGAGCACCGGUACAGGCACAGAGCAGCAUUUCUCGGCCACGGCGCGCAUUAUCGCCGACUACGUGCUGUUGAUCAUGUUAGUGUUGUUGUCUUGAUAGUGUGUGUGUAUAUCCUGCACACGUCUGUGGAAUCACUUUUAGUCCUUCUGUCUGAUUGUGUGUCGGAAAUCGAUGGGCUGCGGUGGAUGAUUUCCUGUAGCUGUAUACUGUUAUACACAUGCUGGAGGGAUAAGACAGUUCGCUGCGGCUGCUAGUGGCCUCCUCCAAGAAAAAUUACUUGAUGCAGAACCAUGCUACAGAUUGGUCAGAUUGUGCUGCUGACCGUGGUAUUAUUAGCUUGGCACAGCAGCAACCCGGUGAUUACGUAUUCCGCAGCGGACACUCUCCUCGCGGAUCCUCGUCCAUGGAACAGCACAGCUGGGGACCAUGCCGUUAAAUCAAAGCUAAUUGCGCACAAACGACGCCAGCAUCCUCAGAGGAACCGCACCCGAUCCGUCAUAACUGUCAGCCGACGGCAGCAAUUCCCGUCCGGUAGCCAGCAGCAGCAGCGCUUAUUCUCCCUUAAUUUCUUCCAUGAUCUCCACGUCCAUUUGGGCCUCAUAUCUGAGACCAAUCGCACAACAACAACAGCAUCCACAUCCACAAGGGCCGUUAGCCGGCAGCCGCCCAGGAGACCGGCCAAGCAGCGCCAUCCGCGGGUGCAGCCGACGCCGGUCAGCGGACUGGCCGAUGAACUGCUGCCCAUGGGCUAUCCGUGGUAUGCCAAUUCCCAUGUGCCCUUCCGCUAUCGCUACAAAUACUCCAGUUCCUAUCUGCCGGCCACAAAGCUCCAGGGGGAAGACCCGACGGUAGCCAUCAUUAGGACGGUGGAUCCCUGUGUGCUGUCGCGGUGGAAUUUCGAGCUGCCGUUCUCCGAGCUGCCGAAUAUGCUGGCCAAGCUGCUGGCAUCCGAUAUGAUCUCAGGGGAAACGACUGCCGCUAAGUCGAGAUAUGUGUUCGAGCUGCUGCAUUUAACCCUGGACAGCUACCAAAAAAUGGAUCCUAGCGGUGAUGUGUUUGAUAUUCCACCCGGAACCGAUCUGGGAAGAUGCAAUUUCAAAAAAACGGACGACCCACUUUAUCACUCAGUCAAUAAUCUGCUCAAGCUCUACUCCGACAAAAGCACAACGACAGAACGUCUAUUUGCACUUGUCAAAGCGGCCAAGGCCUGCCUCGGUAAAGAGGACCAACCGUUUCCAUUAGAGCUGCUUCCAUGUUUGGACUUUUCAUUUGGCUCUGAUCAGGUUCUCAAGCUCAGCGUACAUAAAUCGAUUUUCGGGAAUGAGGAACUCUGCCGGCUCUACUUAAGCCCAGUUGUGAGUGGGUGUGUGCCGGUGGAUCAGCAUCCCUGUACAGCUGUUUAUAUUGAAUUCCUCAACAGUUUUGCUCGGACGUUUUAUCAAUGCCCAGAAACAACGGGAGAGAAGCAACAUUCGACCAAAAAGCCUCUGUUAGGACCUUCCGUAACGGGAGGCCAUACUGUCCCCGUGCAAGGGGGCACUUUUAUUCCGGAUCAAGAUAUUCCUGAAGAAGACAUGGCCUACCUUAUGGGGGAAGGGACAGUCAGUCGCUCAACAAGUCUUUCGUCCGCGUAUCAUAUUCUCAUUAUCGCGUCAGUGAUUCAGAUACUUUUCUUUCGGUUUAACUCCUUAGUUGAUUGAUGUGUACAAUUUGUUUGUAAAUUUUCUUGCCAAAGUACUAAAGGAUUGACUGAUGAUCUCGGAUUCGGACAAUGAAUGUCGACAUAAACUAUAGAAAGCAAUAAAAU